AUGACAUUCUCAUGGCGCUGUCGUCUUGUUAUGGUCGAGGCAUUGAUGUUGUCAGUGGAUUGUAGUUUACCUCAAGAAUCGGAAGUUCUUUUGGAGGAUAAAGAUGGGGACCUUGAGGACUUCAUCGAUUGGUGCUUGAAGGCAUUACAGUUGGAUAGGCUACAUUUGCAUACACGUACGGUCGACAGUGGUUCGGAUUUGCUAGUCAUUAUGGUUCUUGGGAGAUCAGAAGAGUUUGGAGUCAUUUUGAUGGAGUUCUGGACAUUGUUGAUACAAGGAAUGUGCACAGAGCAUCUUCAAGAGAGGAUAGAGUUGAUCCAUGCUCUACACAAGGACAGAAAACUGCAUAACCUACCAAAGCUGGCUAAGUCGCAGCUGAUCAUUUGCAGGGCGCAUGACAAAGAAUGUGUUCGUCUGGUUCACCCUUUCCCUUUUAUUGUAUUGAAUGUGAAUGGAAAUGCACAACUAGUGGUAAUAAAAUAUGCAGGGCACGCCAUCAUUGCAGAGAAGCCCAAAGAGAUGUACAAGAUCUUGAAAAGUUUCCCCGUCCAUCCGCUCGCUCCACAUGGGCAAGGAAACCAGAUGAACGGUCGAAAGGCGGACUGA